AAUUAUCUAGAAUAUUAAAUUAAGAAAAGAAAAGAAAAGAAGAGAGGUGAGAAAAGAGAAAGGUUGAGUUGAGGGGAAAUCGAGGAAAAGGAAGAAGGAAUGAGUGCAAGUCCGUGUGUAACUUUGAGUUACAACAAUACCAUCAUCACUAGUUCCUCUUAUCUUUCUCCUCCUCCGCCACAUUCUUCUUCCAAACCAGCAGCAAACCCUAAUUUCAAUGCCUUCUCCGUGUCUCUGUCUCAGCAGCACAGACGCCUCGGCGGUUACUGGAACAAGACCGCAUCCAAACCAUUCUUCCCAAGACGGACGUGGCUUUAUGGACAUAUGAAAAGAGACCAAGAUAGACACACUCCGGAUUACGAAUUGGAGAAUGGCUUAGGCUUAUUUGGUUCCGAUGAACAGCGUGGCACACAAAUUCCCACUCAGGCCCAAUCUCUUGUGGAAGGACCAGGGGCAAUUAGGGUAGCAGAAUACAAGCCAGUUCCUGAUGUUGAUUAUCUGCAGGAGUUAUUGGCCAUUCAACAACAAGGACCUAGAGCUAUUGGCUUUUUUGGAACGCGUAACAUGGGAUUCAUGCACCAGGAACUAAUUGAGAUUCUGAGCUAUGCUAUGGUUAUAACUAAAAACCACAUAUAUACAUCUGGAGCAUCUGGGACUAAUGCUGCUGUUAUCCGAGGUGCUUUAAGGGCAGAGAAACCAGAUUUUCUUACAGUUAUAUUACCUCAAAGUUUAAGCAAACAGCCUCCUGAGAGCCAAGAGCUAUUAUCCAAAGUGAAGAAGGUAAUAGAGAAGCCCUACAACGAUCAUCUACCUCUAAUAGAAGCCAGCAGGCUAUGUAAUAUGGAUAUCAUUUCGAAAGUGCAGCAAGUCAUUUGCUUUGCUUUCCAUGAUAGUAGGUUGCUCAUGGAAACUUGUCAAGAAGCUAAAAACUUGCGGAAGAUUGUGACUCUCUUCUACCUCGACUGAGGUCAAUUUUUUUAUACAUGUUAAUACAUUAUUUCUCCACAUAAGUGGGGUGGGAAGCUAGUAGUGCUUAUUUUUUGUUUGUGAUAAUAUUAAAUGAUCUAUUGCUUUAACUAGCUUCUUUGAAGUUCAGUUAGAAAGGUUAUAAUUAUAAUUACAAUCUUGGAGAAUGUUUGUGGACUUGUUUUUGGGAAAAACGGAAGAAUUUUAGUUUUACAGUUUGGAUGGAUAAACAA